AUUUUGAUCACAUUUGGUCUUGUUCUCAAAAUACAACAUCCCUUACUGAUUUGAUACAAAAACACAAACAAUCCUUCUUGUUUCAUCUCAAAAAGCUCAAUAAAUCCAACAACGAUACUCUAAUUGAUGCUAUCGAUCAAUCUUCAAUAUG